CUGCUAUGCUAUGCUUAGCUGCCACUUUCCAUGAUUUCCACUUUCCUGCUGCCAGCUGCCACAGACUUAAUUUGGCAGUGUCUGCAGUGGCAGCUUGUAUCAGCUGCUGACCAGUUACAUAAUUUGUGGUAUGUAGCUUGCUGUAAAAACUACUUCAUAUGCAAAUAAUUUAUAAACGUUUACUAUAUGCUCAGCUGUCGUUUUUUUAAUGCUGUGCUUUGUAUCCACUUAUUUCACUUAACGUGAAGUUUUGCGAGUUGCAUUCAUAUUCUGGGCUCUUCUGAUAAUGAUAAUAAUGAUGAUAAGGUGUAUAUGCUGAGUUUUGGAUUUUAAUAUCUCUCUUUUAAUGUAUAAGCAUUUUCAAACCAUGUUUUUUUUUAUGGGAGGAAAAUGCUUAAUAUGAGACUCUGCUGCGUGAAUAUUCCAGCCACGUAUGCUUGCCUGUAUAUAGUCUGCAACAUAAACAAUGUUUAAAUUUGGCCUUUUUACACCACUGUUUUCCCUGCACAAAUGUGCUGUUUUUUUUAAAUCAAAGUGUAAAUACACAUAGAAAACAUAUCUUUGUGUCACGGCUGACACAGAAGAGCAUACACAGUUUGCGUUCAGCGGAUAUUCCUCAAAAUGGCACUACGGUGAUGCGGAGAGACACAGAAGAGACAAAUUGUUGAAUAAAGUAAUUAUUUUUGUUUUCUUCGGAUACAAAAAGUAUUCUCACCACUUCAUAACGUUACGGAUAACCACUGACGGCAGAUGGACUAUUCUGACGAUGUCUUUCAUACUUUUCUAGACCAUGACAGUGUAAUUUACUUGGCAGUCUAUGGGACAGUAACCAGCCAUCCCUCUUUUCAUCCAAAAUAUCUUAAAUUGUGUUCCGAAGAUUAACAAAGCUUUUACAGGUUUGGAACGACAUGGGGGUAAGUGAUUAAUGACAACAUUUUUAUUUUGGGGUGGAGUAACCCUUUACGUGUAAUGUAUUGCUUCCAUAUUCUGGGCUAUUCUGCUUGUCUAUAAAUAUGCUUUAUUAAUAAGUUGUGUACUGAAUUUGGACCUUCAAUGUUACUGUUUUAGUAGGGCACAUUUUGUAAAACAGUCCAUGGCCACAUCCCGCAUAGAAGGAAAGGUAGAGGUAGAGCCCACUGUGCAAAUUGCCAAAAAAAAAAAAAAGUAAAAAUAGAAAGCGUUUAGAAUUAAUUUAGCAUUUCUGAAGUCAAAUUUUAGAAAAACGUAACAUUGAAAUUUUUUACUCAAACGUUUUUUUUUUUUUUUUUUAUCACAUUGCUACGCAAGGAACAGCAAAUUAUCUCUGUAAAAUUAUUCUUUCAGAACAUUUUUGUUCUUUAUUUAUGUUUUUAUCAAAAGUGAUUAUAAGUUGUUUGGGCGUAUUGAAUAAAAUUAGCAAUUUUCAGUUUCAGUCAAGUUUCAUGUUUUAUAUGGGAAUUACAAAAUAUACAAACAAACAAACAAAGAAACAAAAGAUUAUAGUUUACACCAGACUGUGGUAAAGUGGUUCACAAAUGUAUAAGUUUCGGUGUCAGACAUACGGGUUUGAUGUCAACGGGUUUCUUGUACAGAGCCCAGAACAUAGAAACUCUGGAGUGGACCUUAGUGAUUACAGAAAGCAUUGAGCGAGGGAGGGGUCGUUCCGCUCCACUAAUACACGUUGUUCCACUCCGGCUUUUAGCAUGAGCGUUGCGUGGUGACACCCAAAGCUUUCUACUUUGGCACGUUCGGAACAAUUUACGUUGACUAAGAAGAAAUAUACGAACUAACCCACUAAUUUUUGUGUGAAACGUAGGCCAAAACUUCGGGAUUCACCGGGAAACAGAUAUUACACUGUUCUAGCUACAAGACCUGCUCGAGACAAGAGGAGGGCACAGACUGAAGGAAGGGAGGAAUAAAACGAAAGAGGCAAAAAUGACUUGGAACUAUGUGGGUAGACAUGGGAGGAGCUUGCAAAGUAUAAACUUGGAUGUUUCCUAGCAGUGGAGAUCCUCAGCACGGUAAACGAUGCCAAAAGUAAAUGAAGAGGACGAAUGCACCCUGACAUCAACUGAACAUUUGACGGAUAUUCUUUAAAGUUCAGUCUUCUGGAACAUCCGCGAGACGCCAGCAGCUCAGGAACUGACGCUGGGAUCAACUCUUCUGCUGCACUGGAGCUGGACUCGGUGUGGCAUGCGUGGAUCAAAUAGGCUAUUCCUGCAUAGUCCAAAUACACUCUCUUGUACUAAAAGAAAGAAAGCGAACUUCUUUCGUAAGAUGAUCUGGUUACUGUUUUUGCUCCACUGUGCUGCCGGCGUGUUGUCGUCUUCCACCCAGGUGGCUACAAUCUACCCUCAAGAUCCGGCCCUUCCAAUCGGCUCCAGCCUGACAGCCACAUGCUCAGUGAAUCCAGACCAUGGCGUUCACGCAGGCUCACUCUACUGGACGCUGAACGGAAAGCGUCUUCCCAGCAGCACCUACAGCAUUCUGAGCCCCACCGUGCUCAGUGUCACCCUCCCGCGUCUCUCAGGGUCCCGCCAACGCUCCGGAGACAACCUCGUGUGCCAUAACAGUGGGGGUCAUGUGCUGGCCGGCUCCUGCAUCUAUGUUGGCAUGCCUCCUGAGAAACCCAUGGAUCUUACCUGCUGGUCCAGGAACACCAAAGACCUUACCUGCAGAUGGGCCCCUGGGGGCCAGGGAGAAACAUUCAUCAAGACACGAUACACACUCAAAUAUAAGCUCAGGUGGUAUGGACGAGAGAAGGAGUGUGAGGACUACAGCGCUGGAGAGCCGUACACAUGCUACAUCCCCCGCGACCUCGCCCUCUUCACACCCUACGAGAUAUGGGUGGAGGCCUCCAACCAACUCGGAACCGCAACGUCUGACAUCAUCUACUUGGAUAUCUUAGAUGUGGUGACGACGGACCCACCGACUGAUGUGACUGUGAGCCGAGUGGGCGACCUGGAGGACCAGCUGACCGUGCGCUGGGGGACACCACCUGCACUAAAAGACUUCCUCUUUCAGGCCAAAUACCAGAUCAGAUACAGACUGGAGGAAAGCAGUGACUGGAAGGUGGUGGAUGAUGUUGGAAACCAGACUUCCUGCAGGCUGGCUGGGUUGCGGCCAGGCACAGUGUAUUUUGUGCAGGUGCGCUGUAAUCCGGUAGGGAUUCUGGGAUCUAGGAAAGCUGGCAUUUGGAGUGACUGGAGUCACCCAACUGCAGCCUCAACACCGCACAGUGAGCGGCUGCUGACAGGGUCAUGUGACUCGAAGGUGGGGCAGCAGAACUCCACGUUGCGGCGGGAUUUGAAGCAGUUCUUUGGCUGGGUGCGCAAACACGCCUACGGUUGCAGCGGUAUGAGUAUCAAACUUUAUGAUCAGUGGCGGGUCUGGCUGCAGAAAUCUCACAAAACACGCAACCAGGUAGGUUCUUCAAGGAGAUAAAUCAUAGCACGUCGCUCCUGGCAGGCAGGAACAUUGAACAACAACAGCACACUGUGGAAGAAUUCACAUUUUCCAGACUGCUGCUUGGCUCAGAUCCGAAAAGAUAAAGUACAGCUGGACUUAAAACGGGAUGUUCAAACAACAAAAGGUGUCGGGCAUUCGGUCCCUCGGUUGUGCAGUUCUAUAAAAUGCCUUAUUAUACAGGAAAACAAACUGUGUUUGAUAAUAGCCACGGAGAUCACAUGGACUAUAUCCUCGCAACUCGCUAUCCGUGGAGACAGGUUCUUGAUUGUAUCGGGGAGCAAUUAAUUAAAGGUCAUACUUUGCACAUUUACUGAUGACUAUGCAGAAGCCAUGCUUAGCCGACGUGACACAUGGUCUAAAUGUGGACCCGUGACCUUGCAAACUUUAGCCGACCUGUACGUUAAAGAGGUGCCUCAUGGACAAAUGGAAAAUGUCUGAAUGUUUUUUCAGCCAGAGUUUUGUGCAAAUUCAAGACAACUGGAAGAAUAUUAAGACCAUCCAGUUUUACCAAAGGUACCUUUGAUGAAUGUUUGAGUGACAAUGGUGACUACACUUACAGCCGUUUACCUAAAAAUCUGACAGGUAUACCUCAGAGAACAUCUUGCCACUUUUUAGUCUCCUAGUUUUUUUUUUUUUUAAAUAACUGGUACAUGCAAUGCAAUGCUGAACAUAUCAAUACAUAGAAAUAAGCCUCUAACUGAAAUAAGUCCCGCUGUCAUCGUAAAGGAGGACCUACAGACAUUCACUAUAUUCAGGAUCAACACUACAACAAAGUUAACAUAUUGGAACCAUAGAGUGGACUCAGAAAAUGGCCAUUUAAUGUUGUUUCUCAUGUUUAUAUAUGUGUGUGGCAGUUACAAAACUGUAACUGUAUUUGUAGCAUUGAACUGUUUGGAAAUAAUUUUAUAUAUUGAGACAUUUUACUGCUUUUAUUUUUGUACUGAAUUGUAUCCGCAUAUUUAAAUUUAAAGUUAUGUUUUGACUCUUAAGUUAUGUGUAGGUAGAUUAUAUUAUUAUUGACUGAAUUGUUAAACCCUAAUAUUGUUCAUAAAAUCCUUCUUUAAGAUAAAAA